AUGAACAGGCAUUUUUUGAAGUUUCGCGACCUACCACCGGCGGAGAUUUCUCCGUUGUUGUACCGGGCGAUUGAACUGAAGAGUGGUGCUGAGAGUCGAGCGUUGAAGGGGAACUCGGUCGCUCUGAUGUUCGAGAAGCCGUCCCUGCGCACGAAGUUGUCUUUCUGGAUUGGGGCUGAAAAACUCGGUGCCAAGCCGGUGUACUUUUCUCCCGAAGAGGUCGGGCUUGGAAAGCGCGAGCCAGUUGCUGACGUAGCGAAGGUGAUGGCGAGUAUGGCGGAUAUGGCCGUGGUUCGCACCUUCGCGCAGGCUACGCUCGACGAGUUUGGGGAGAACAGCGAGAUCCCGUAA